CACUCAUCCACCGGCAUUCGUUCUGUACAUCGCUAGAGAACAACAUGCCGCCAAAAGGAGGAGGAAAAGCCGCCAAGAAGGCCGGUAAGGCCAGGCCCGCCGGAGCCAAGGGCAAGAGGAGGAGAAAGAGGAGGGAGACCUUCGGUGUCUACAUCUACAAGGUGCUCAAGCAGGUGCAUCCCGACACCGGUGUCUCCAGCAAGGCCAUGGGUAUCAUGAACUCCUUCGUCAACGACAUCUUCGAGCGUAUCGCCGCUGAGGCUUCCCGCCUGGCUCACUACAACAAGCGCUCCACCAUCAGCAGCCGGGAGAUCCAGACCGCCGUACGUCUGCUCCUGCCUGGUGAGCUGGCAAAGCACGCCGUCAGCGAGGGCACCAAGGCCGUCACCAAGUACACCAGCUCCAAGUAAACUGUCUGACCGCCCGACCAGUAUACCCCGGCCCUUUUCAGGGCCACCCACAUCUCCCAAAAAGAUCUGUAUCGUUUCCGAACACUGCACCACUCUUAGCGGCAUCGCCCGGCUCUUUAAAUCCAAUGAAGGACAUACAGAGGCUAUUGAAACUUAUUCCUCUUUUCUGUUCUACGUCAAUAGCUAAACGCAGACACAGAAACCACUCAUGUAUCUGGGCUAUCAUCACAACACAAUUACAAGCUGGUAUGGCCUAUGGAUUAAGGUAUUGCAUUGAAAUCGCACGCAUAUGUAGACACUGCAGUCUAGAAGAUGAACAUCAUUUUUGAAUGUAGUUUGUACAAGAAAGAGCUGAACU